GUUUAAACUACUCUGCUCAUUUCUUUGAAACUGGACCAGGAGGAGAGCUGGAGUUCCUCCUGCAACCUCUGGCCCACACAUCUGUCUCUUUCUUACUCGCUCAAAGUGAUUAAAUCCCAGCACUUUAUCUUCCUCCAUUCCCUUGUCCUCUGACCUCCGCUCAUCGACUGCUCUCCUUCCUCAAGCUCCCACCCUCCCUUCAUCUUUCCACCUGACCUCUGACCUUUGUUCCACUUCUCAAACAUCCCUGAUCCCCUCCACCCACUUCUUCUCUCUUUUCUCUUUUAACCGUCUGCAAUGAAUCAAUCACCACAACAACAACCCGCGACACUUUAUCUGGACUUGUUACUGCAGUGUCACGGAAACCCCCUCGCUCCUCUCAUCCUCAUCCUGAUUGAUCAACAGAGCCUGUCAUGCUCUUGCAGCCAGUAUUGAAAAGAGAUCAACAUUCAACGUGAAGCUGAAGCACACUCUGUGGUCAUCAUAACUCAUUUCUCCCUGAGUUUCUUCAAGUCCAGAAGCAACAAUGCUGGAGAACAUGUCCAGGCGUAACCGCUCCCUGCUGUCACUUUCCCUCACUUCACUGGCCCUCACCUUGUCCGUCUCGGCUUUCUGCACCUCCUAUUGGUGCGAGGGGACACACAAGGUGGUGAAGCCUCUCUGCCUCUCACCUGUCAAGAUGAAGAACUGCGGGCAGAACAACAGCCAGCCGUAUACCACAGAGACCCCCACCCCGGACCCGAGGCACCCUCCCUCCAAUGUGACGCUGUCUCCGCUGCAGAGGGAGGAGCUGGCCAGGAUAAAGAGGAAGCAGUUGGCCAAUGCAGUCCACUACAUCUGGGAAACAGGCGAGGACAAGUACAUGCUGCGCUAUUUCCACACCGGCUUCUGGCUCUCCUGUGAGAAGCACAAUGAAGGUGAGGAUCAGGAAGAGAAGUGUCGCAGCUUUAUAGAGCUGACACCAGGAGAAACACAAGGUGUCCUCUGGCUCUCAGUCAUCAGUGAGUUCACGUACAUUGGUCUUCUGGCCAUGGGCUUCCUGCUUAUGUGUGUGGAAGUGAUGUGCCUCUGUGCCAAGAGGGAGAUGAACGCCCUCAAGAUCAAUGCCUUCGCCGCCAUGUGCACUGUCCUCUCAGGUAUGAUGGGGAUGGUAGCACACAUGAUGUACACCACAGUGUUUCAGAUGACUGUGAGCAUUGGGCCCAAAGACUGGAGGCCACAGACAUGGGACUACGGAUGGUCUUUUGCCAUGGCGUGGCUGUCGUUCAGCUGCUGCAUGGCUGCUGCUGUGGCCACACUCAACUCCUACACCAAGACCAUCAUCGAGAUGAAGCACCGCGCCCGGGUGAGGCUGGAGGAGGCUCGCGCUGCUGCCCGUGCCCCCUCCUACGAGGAGGUUGUUCGAGCGGGCGGUGGAGGGGUUUACUCCGUCAGUCAGCUAAUUCAGCUCGCAGGAGGAGUCGGGGGAGUGGGUUUUGGAACAAUGGGAGCAUUUGGGGGAGUGGGAGGAUGUGGGAUGGACCCUCAUGGUAUGGUGGUGGUGGAGGGAUGUGGUGCUGAAGGAUGUGAAGACUGUGAACGGGAAAUGGACGAGAUAGAUUAUGCUCUGCAGGAGGACAGAGAGGACUCACUCUGCUAAGACUUUUGGGGACAGAGGACUGUGACAAACAUCUUGUCAGGAUUUGAUCUACACAUUGUAUUUGAUUGAAACUACAUUCCAAGACUACAACACUUAAACACAUACCUUCAAAAAUUAUUAUUAUUAACAUGAUUAUUAUUAUUAUUAUUAUUAUUAUUUGUAUAUAUGCAGCUUUGAAUGAUAAUUGUAGCAUUUCUUUACUAUUUUUAAGUUAUACAAAGAUUGUGUCAAGCAAUGUCAUUUGAUUUCUGGACCACAGGAGGCAGAAAGACUUCAUAACAAGCCAACAGCUCCAAAGCUCCAAUGUUUAUUUUUAACAUUUUUACUGGUAACAAGUUAGCAAAGAAUCGCCCACUUACACAUCAAGCAGACCCAGAGCAACAUGAUCAUCCCAUUGCAAUAAUUGCAAACCUCUGCUUUCACGAGGGAGGUUGGUAAAAGCAUUGAGACUACCAAGUCUCAGUGAAGCAGAGGAACCAAACCAAUUGACUAAUUCUAAGUCCCGCCCCUCUUGCUGUUGCUGAGUCGGACUAGCUUGAUAAAAAGAAGCAUGGUCCCGUUGAGCCAGGUGCUGCAGCGUUUAUUAGAUAGUUUCUCGGUGUCGGGCACUAUAGCUUCAAAAAGCCAGCAGCAAAGACUACAGAGUGUGAUGGAAGGAUAUAUUCACAAUGUUAACUUUUAUAAACAAGGCAAAGCAAAACAAAUUUAGGCUUCUGGUCUCAAUGAAAACAAGAGAAGCUAGAAAUCGAGGAUGACAAGACUAUCAGUCAACAUUGCUCCUGCACUCCUGGGUAUGUUUUCCAAUGAUGGCAAAGGCAUGAGCUGCCCUACUCUCCCUCUGAUUGGCUAGGACUUCUUAUCCUUUGUUGGUUUGAUUGGUUGGGUUUGGGCAAGAAGAUGUGUGAUUAGGGCCAGAAUGUCAGGAUAAGCCAAUCAGAGGCAGAAAUUUUGCUUCCCUGUCUUAGGAUCAGUAAAGUACUCUUUGUAUUCAUUUCAAAAUACAGACCGUGUUGCUAACCUAAUGUUCGUCUCUCUGUAUUGUAGAACGUUGCGUUCGUUAGGCGACUUUGGGGUGGCACAUAGCCUUAUAGAUUAUAUAAACAAAGGAACAUUAGCUUUGAUCCUUUCUUGCUGGCGAUAAUUCAUGCCAUCUUAACAAUAUGUCAGCAACCAAACUCACUGUCCUUUUCUAAAUCUCUUUAACAUUACCAUAAAAAUGAGGAGGCAAACCUGGUGGAUAUCUCUAAUCUGACAUCAGGCUAACUCAUCUUGAUGUUCCUAUAUGUUAACCAGGAAGUUAGCUAGCAUUUUGCAGAUAUUAACUAUGAUGUAAUGUGUCUGUGAAGCUUGUGACAGUCCGCCCGCCACAUAUUUUAAUCGUCCUCAAAAUUUGACGAACUUUAGCUGAAACAUAGACGAACCUAGCAUAUAGCCUGUCUAGCUAAGUAUAACAGGAAAGGGGAAAGUUGACUGAUGCUCUGUGGUGCUACAAGCUUCCUCCAUUUUUUUUGAGCAUCAGUAUUACCAAAAACAAAAAAAUAAACUUAAGUUUUCUUUACUUGUGUAAAUGCAGCCUUACAGUGACUACUUCAGGGAUUGCAUUAUGGCUCAUAAGAUGUGUGAGAGGAUGUGAGACUGUAACUCAAAGGGUGUUGAGAGAUGAUGAUGAUGAUGAUGAUACAACAGCGACAAUGACUGUGGUCUCUGACGUUAUUUAGGCUACAUUUUUUGUUGUACGUUUUGAUUUAUGUUUGCAUGAAUGGAUGAAAAUCCUUUCAAGUAAGAUAAUAAAUAAAAACAACCCACAUUUUCUGAUGAUGUCUUAUCAAUACA